UCUCUUUCUCUAUCUAUCCCUCUUUAUAAAUACAAACGAACCCAAUACUUCGUUUACGUACCAAGAAAGUUUGUUUCUCAUCUUCAAUACCAAUAAUACCUUGCCCAUAUUCACUAAUUAUGGCUAGAUUCGGGAAACUGACAAAGCUCAAGUCAGCCAUAAAGAAAUGGCCUUCCUUGACGAAGAACCACCAUUCAACCACCGCGUCCACCGCCUCUGAGGUCUCAAAGUGCGACGAUCUCCAUAUGGUUUACAUCGGAAAGUCACGAAGACCUUACAUGCUUAGUUCCCACAUCAUUGCUCAUCCUCUUUUCCAAGAACUACUUGAUCGGUCUUCGAGAUUCAUAGAAGAACGUCACGACCAAGAGACUGUAUUGGUAGCUUGCGAAGUCGUAUUGUUCGAGCACUUGUUAUGGAUGCUCAAAAACAGUUGCUCUGAUCUCGGCGAUAAUGAUGAUCACGAAAGAGGAUCCGUCGAGGAGUUGGCUGAGUUCUAUACUUAUUGAUGACGCAAUUCUUACAUUUAAUUUUUUUCUUUUAAUAUAUACUUUUUUGGUUUGAUUCGACAUAAUCCAGUCACAAACCAUUUUCUUUGCUUUUCUUUUUCCCCGAGCAAUUUUUUUAGAUUUAGUUCUCUUAACUAAUUACUAUUAUAAUUAUGUCAGACAAGAGGGUGUCUAAUAUAAUUAUCCCUAAUGAUUAAUAAAUUGAAACAAUGCUAAAAUUGAUAUUUUAUUGAUUUUGGUCCGUUUUAUGUGCA